AUGACUGCCCAACACGAUCCGACUCUGCCCGACGAGGAACACGCGCCGCUUCUCUGCGAGGGGGAUCGGGUUCAAAACCAUGGCGCCAUUCUGGAUGCAUAUGGAUCUGGGGAGGUCGACAAUGCCGAAGAAGGUGGUCUCGCAUCCCCUGACUUGAAAGAGCCGAGUACUUUGAAAUUGAUCGUGAUCAUGGGCAGCAUAUGGGUUGGCGUUUUCCUUGGUGCUCUCGAUGCCACGGUCAUUGCGACUCUCAGCGCCCCUAUUUCCACUUCGUUCCAUUCCUUCACCCUCGUAUCCUGGCUCGCAUCCUCGUAUCUCAUCUCCAAUGCGGCCCUCCAGCCCCUUUCCGGCCGCCUCACCGACAUCUUCGGCCGUCGGUCCGGCCUAAUCUUCUCCAACGUCUUCUUCGGGGCCGGGAAUCUGAUCUGCGGUCUUGCCAGCUCUGAAGCCGCCAUGAUCUUUGGCCGCGUCAUCGCCGGAAUGGGAGGCGGAGGCCUGUUUGCCAUCAGCACGUUCGUCGCUUCGGACUUGAUUCCGCUUCGCCAGCGCGGCCUCUGGCAAGGCUUUGGGAAUGUGUGCUAUGGCCUUGGCGCGGGUCUCGGAGGCGUGUUCGGUGGGUGGAUUAACGAUCGCUGGGGAUGGCGGUGGGCGUUUCUUAUCCAAGUGCCUUGUGUUGCAGUCUCGGGCGUCCUGGUCGCUUUUACGGUCAAUAUCCCGGUGAAGGAGAAUAAUCUCUCUAGAAUUCGCCGCGUCGAUUUUCUUGGGGCGAUGACGCUGGUCGUGUCGUUGACCCUUCUCCUUCUCGGUCUCAACUCGGGUGGCAACAUCGUGCCCUGGACCCAUCCCCUGGUUUUGACCGCGUUGCCACUCUCUUUGGUGUUCCUCGUGGCAUUUAUAUUUGUGGAGGACCGAGUCCCCGAACCUAUCAUACCUACACGUCUUCUAACGCGUCGAGCGGUCUGGGCUCCAUGUGUUGUCAAUUGGCUUCAGACGAUGGCUGUCUUCGCGGUUGUGUUCUACAUUCCAAUCUACUUUCAAAUCCGCGGCCUCAGUGCGACUCAAUCAGGAGCAAGGAUGAUUCCCCAGGCGCUUGGCGCUGCUAUUGGAUCCCUGGGCUCUGGAUUGAUCAUGCGAGCGACAGGACGCUACUACUACUUGAACCUCGUUACUCAAGCCUUAUUUUUGGCCGGUUUUGCACUUAUCGCGAUAACCUUCGACCAGGACACCCCCGAUGCCCCCCCCUAUAUCUACAUCCUUAUGGUCGGAAUUGGAUAUGGAGGGAUGCUGACCAUCACACUUCUUGCACUGAUCAGUGCGGAGGAUCAUAAGCAUCACUCGGUCAUUACUUCCGCGUCGUAUGCAUUCAGAAGCACUGGCUCGACUCUCGGAAUCGCGAUCGCCAGCGGCGUUUUCCAAAACCUGCUGAAGUCGGGCCUCUGGAAGAGAUUCGGUGAUCGAGAGAAUGCGGGAGAGAUCAUAGGGCGGGUGCGAGAUUCCAUUGAUGAAAUUCGUCAUCUGCCUCCUGGAUGGCAGAAAGGCGUACUAGAGGUUUACAUGGCGAGUUUCAAAGGUGUUUGGUGGACCAUGUUCGGUCUUGCAGUUUUGAGUGCACUCUGCAGUCUCCUCAUGAAAGAGCACGUUUUGCAUAAUACCCUAGCGAGGGAUUAA